CUACAACCAGCGCUGCUCCAACUACAACAGAUGCUCCACCCACAACCACUGUGGCUCCAACAACAGCUGCCUCAGCAACAACUACAGCUGUCCCAACCACAACAGCCACUGCUACAACCACAACUGCUCCAACCACAACAACGGCUGCCCCAACAACAACCACAACUUCUCCAACCACAACAAUGGCUGUCCCAACAACAACCACAGCUCCUCCAACUACAGCAACCACUGCCCCAACAAUAACCACUGCUUCGCCAACAAUAACAACAGUGGCCCCAACAACCACAUCUGUCCCAACCACAACAACAGUUUCCCCAACAACCACAGGUGCUCCAACAACUACAACCGCUGCUCCAACCACAACAACCACUGUUGCGCCAACCACAACAGCUGCUCCAACUACAACUCCUUCUUCAACCACAACAGCUGCCUCAACAACAACAGCUACUCCAACCACAUCAACCACUGUUGCACCAACCACAACAACAGCUGCUCAAACCACAACAUCUGGUGCUCCAACCUCAACAACAACUGCAACUUCUACCACCACAACUGCUGCAGCAUCUACAACAACAACUGCUCCACCAACAACCACUGUUUUCCCAACUACAACUGCUUCUUCAGCAGGGAGUCAUAAAAUAAGUUUUCUUUUGCUCACAGCAGUCAUUACAGUAGCUUUUUUUAACUGAAAAUUGGACUAAAAAUCUUCACAAUCAUCUCUAGGAGUUUUUCAUUAU